GACUCUUGUUCUGCUUCACCAUUCACAACACAAAACAACACUUGUAGUUAAGAAUGGGAGCCCGGGGAAAUCCGGGACAUUUGUCUUCAAUUAUUCAUGCUAUAGUUCUCUGCCUUGCAGCCACCAGUGUGGUGGCCGAUUACAAGCCUUAUAUUUAUGCUUCUCCACCGCCUCCGUAUCACCCUAAACAUUACGAACCUUCUCCUGCUUACAAACCUAAAUCUCCGCCUCCUCCAAAAUAUGAAAAGCAUCCUCCAUACUAUUACAAGUCUCCUCCUCCACCAAAGCAUGUUGAGCAUCCCCCGUAUAAAUAUAAAUCACCACCUCCACCAAAGAAAGUAUAUCAUCCGCCAUAUUACUAUAAAUCACCACCACCUCCAAAGAAGGUGAAGUAUCCACCAUACAAGUAUAAAUCACCACCUCCACCGAAGAAGGUAUAUCAUCCUCCGUAUUAUUAUAAAUCACCACCACCUCCUCCAAAGCACAUGAAGUAUCCACCAUACAAGUAUAAAUCACCACCUCCACCAAAGAAGGAAUAUCAUCCUCCAUACUACUACAAAUCACCACCUCCACCGAAGAAGGAAUAUCAUCCUCCAUACUACUACAAAUCACCACCUCCACCGAAGAAGGAAUAUCAUCCUCCAUACUACUACAAAUCACCACCUCCACCGAAGAAGGAAUAUCAUCCUCCAUACUACUACAAAUCACCACCUCCACCAAAGAAAGAAUACCAUCCUCCAUACUACUAUAAAUCACCACCUCCACCAAAGAAGGAAUAUCAUCCGCCAUACUACUACAAAUCCCCACCACCUCCAUCUCCUUCACCACCACCUCCAUACCACUAUUAUUCCCCUCCUCCUCCAAAGAAGUCUCCACCUCCUCCAUACCACUAUUAUUCCCCUCCUCCUCCAAAAAAGUCUCCACCACCACCUUACUAUUAUAGUUCUCCACCUCCACCAUCCCCAUCACCACCACCUCCAUACUACUAUGCAUCACCUCCUCCUCCAGUCAAAUCUCCACCUCCUCCAUACUACUAUAAUUCACCACCACCUCCAUCACCCUCUCCUCCUCCUCCCUACUAUUACCAAUCUCCACCACCACCGACUUACUCUCCUCCUCCUCCAUACUAAUAAAUAUUUGGCUACUUCCAAAUUCCAGCCAAGUCCAUUGUUGAAUCGAUUUGAAAUGUCGUAACAAGAAUAACUCAUUACUGCUUAAUGUGUUGUUGUUGUUUGUUCUUUUAAGUUUUAAAUUGUAAUAAAAGAAGUUUGUGUACAAUAAGAAUCUAUACCAAGAUUCAUAGUGAA